AUGUCCUAUGAUGGCAAUGCUCCUAGAUGCCCCCUCUGUCGUGCACGCCUUGGUGAUGAAGUCCUCAUGCCUGAGCCAGCCAAAACUGCUGUCGUCGAUAAUGCUGCUGCUGCUGCUGCUGGAAACAGUGCUAUUCAAACGUUACAAGAAGUGGUGUAA